CAGCUGUUUUAGAGACAGUUUUGUCGGAGGCAUUUGUUGAAUGAACAAUAAAUAAACAACACGUUUAGAAAUUUAGUGUACCUUGCCAAAGUUAAAAUUCCAAUAAAAAUUCUGAAAUAUUGUACUGUUGAGAAUAUGAUUGAAAUGGCAUUAGAAGAAGAUUUACCCGAAGAAUUUAAAGGAUGCAGCCUCCGAAUUCAUCCUGACAGAAGUGAUCCGCCCAAAUCACCUAAUCCUGAUGUUGAUAGAAUUGAUAAUGUAUCCGAUAUAAACAAUCAGAGUCAAAAUUAUCAUUGGAGAAACACUUUCAUGGCUCCUUUAUCAUCAAUUCCCAAUAAAAUAACAGAAACCAUAUGGAGCUCAAAAGGAAGCAAAGAUGAAACUCCUCCGCCGACGGCUACUUCUACUACAGCACCUCAGAGCUCCAGCAACGAAAAAUGCAUCCAACCAUCCAUUGUCAUUAAAGAAGACCCUAACAACUUUUUUACGUUCCGAGAUGGUGUUAUUGAAAGAGCUGUAAAAGAAUGUACAGCUCAUUUGCUAGAUGAGACUGAAGGACCAGUAUAUGCUUCAUUUUUGCUCACCCAAAUUAAUCAUUGGGACACUGACAAAGAACGCUUAUUGAUGAUGACUGCCAAAAACCUAAUUUUAGUUAAAUAUGAUUUUAUUGCUCUAAGAAGGCUAGGAUGUCGUAAAAUAAUGUUCAGUGACAUAGAAGGAAUAGUUGUUGGAAAUCUAGUCUAUCCUAGUGGCUCCCUGAUACCAAAAAUUAAUGGAUUUGCUGAUGGAAUAUCCAGCUUAUUGGAAAAUUGUUUAUUCAAACGAAUGCCUAAAAACGACAAUCAGGCUGACAUAGAAAACCUUAAUCAAACUAGAGACCGUAAUAUGAAAGGUAUUAGAUUGCUGUUGAAACAAGAUAAGCCAGAUAGUUUUGCUUCAAAAUGGAAUCCAUUUAAUAGUGAAGUACAUUUCCUGACAUUUACCUAUCAUCCUCUCUAUUAUCACAAAGAUUGUGCCGAUGAAAGACUUCGCAACGUAUACAAUUUAGAUUUAUUCAUCGAAAAUAUAUGCCUUUCUGUACAGAAAUGGAAAGAAAACAUCGUCAUUCUGCAGCAUAAUAUACUGUUAGAAAACUACGUGGGCCUAGGAUCUGUUAUCCAUAACAGACAUUCUUUGGGUUUUUUUAAAGUCAGAGGAAAAUUUAGUUUCUAAAAACAAACGAAUCUAUACAGGGUUGAGCAAUAAUACAUUUUUUUGGAAAUUAAAACUUACUGAAAAUUUGUGGGAUUUUUUAAAUAGAAUUAUACAGUUUAUCGCAUAAUUAAUAACAUCAUGAAAUGUCUAUUUUUGAAUAUAUAUCUUAUCUAUGUCUAUAAAUGUAAGCUUUUAGAAAAUAAUUUGUACCAUUCGAUUUUUCUAUAAUAUUCUACUAACUAAUCGAAUAUUUCAAUGAAAGGUUAGUUAUAAAAUGUACCCUAACAUAUAGUUGACCUCUUUUUUAUUUACAAUCAACUAAGUUGUAGUGAAAUUGUACCUGUCGCCAUACUUUUGAGAAGGUAAUCGUAUUGUAUUAUGAAGGACAAUUAUCUUUAACAAGAAAAAAGAGCAAUUGCUCAAUAUUAUUUACCAGAAGCAUUUAAAUUGGAUUUUUGCGGAACCAUUGAUGAAACAGUGUUUACCUUUGGCGUCGGAAAGUGUGUGAAUAUAGUAAACAGUAUUGUUCAGUAUUAAAAGAACAAAAAUACGUUUUUGUACUAAUUAUCACUUCAGAUAAACUAGAAAUUUUCGUUCACACCUUUUCAGAAUUAAAAAUGUUAACAUCAUACUAUUAAGUUGUUUUUUAUUUCAAUUUUUUUGUAAUUCUUAUUGCUAAUAUCUUAUAAACAAGUUGGUCCAGAAUUAUGUACAUAAUUUUUAUAAGUGAUAUGUUAAAUACGCUUUAUGCAAACUUCUAAAAUCGAAUAAUAAAUGAGGUACACAAUUUAGAGAGGUGAGUGACAACCUUAAUUUUUCAAUUAUCUGCCAUACAAUUUUGAUUUUGGUAUUCAUAUUUUGCAAAUGAUUAUCCAUAUGAAUAGUUUAGUUUUGCUUUGGAGUCGGGGAUUCUUACGCUACAUUUUUGAUUAUGGUAAAUUACAUUCGAAUUUUAAUAAAUAGAAAACAGUAAAAACUAUCUAAUUCUUACAAGAGGAAUUUUUUGUACAACGUCACAUUUUUGUCUACCACACAAAACUAAACUGUAUUCAUUGGGAUGGAGAAAUUAGUUAUUCUUGACUCAUUAUCACUAAAUAGUAUUUUUUGGGAUAUAGAAAUAAAAUAAAAUUGUAUAUAGCUAUAAAUAUGAAGAUAAACCCACAAAAGUUAAUCCAGUGAGUUUCAAGAUUGGAAUUGUAUCAACCCGCCCUGUAAUUUAAGGUAAUCUCGAUGUGAUAUGUAUUAUUUUAUAGUCAAUUAAUCAAUGCUUGUGUAAAAAUAGCAAAAUAUUUUUGGAGAAUCUCAUUGAUUUCAACGGCAAAUUCCUAUAUAUUUAAACUCAAUUCUAAACAUUUCAGACCAAUGAUGAUAUAUCAAGAAACUUUUUUUCUACAUAUCAAAGUGGAUUAAUUACACAUAUAUAUGCCGCAGGUAUUGUUAGGGCCGUGACAUUUUAAUCUCCUUAGUGAUAUUACAAUUAAACAAUAGAUUGUCAAUUCUCACAAUUUAAUGACUUCUUUUCUUUUUCUUCUCUAGCUUAUAUUUUUUCUGUUUUUUUUUUUGUUUUAUUUUCCUUUUUUUUUUCUCAAUUCUGUUCUUCUUGUGAGCUAGGCAUGUUAAAAAAAGACAAUCACAACAAAGGUUACAACUCGCUCAGGGACAACGGCCGAGCAUUUCACACAUUAAGGUUGUUGCCUCGGUUAGGAAAAUUAGGACCAGGGUCUUGGAUAGAUUCUCUUAUGACUUAUUUUCAUAUUUAGUUUUAAAUAUGUAUUAUAAUUAUUAUUUUUGUUUAUAUCUCAAUUUUGAUAAAUUUCAUGAUUAGCUUUAUAAUGUUGUAGUUUUCUCUGUUUAAAA